GUCGGCUGCCUCACACGGUGGAGGGUGUAGCCUGUCGUCGUGGGAGCGGUCUGCUCCUCCGACGUCACACCGCUUCUCUCCACGGACGGCGGAGGAUGAGGAGCCUCUCCUCCUCCUCGCCCGGCAUCGCCGCCACAUCGCCGAGACACUCUGCGGGGAUAAGCAGCGUCGCGCGUCGCGGGGGGGCGGGAGAAACGCGCGGACAGACAGCGGGAAAGAUGCUCACGCUCGCCUUCUGCCUGACUUUUUGCGCCUUCUGCGGAGCGUCUGCCGCCAACAACUAUAAUUGCAACGCUCCUUUGGUGUCCGCACUGCCGCGAUCGUCCUUCCUGAGCUCGUCGCAGUCGUCGGCGGGCUACGCCGCCCACAACGCCAAGCUGCACAGGCGAGACGAGGCGGGCGGAUGGUCGGCGGCGGCGAGCGACAAAGAGCCGUGGCUCCAGCUGGACCUCAGGGAGCAGACGGAGGUGACGGCGGUGGCCACGCAGGGAUGCUACGACAGCUGGGACUGGGUCAGCUCCUACCUGCUCCUCUACAGCGACACGGGGCGGGUCUGGAGACGCUAUCGCCAUGACGACGGCACCGAGAGAUUUAUCGGGAACGUCAAUUCCGAGGGAGUUGUCCAGAACAAGCUGUCCCACUCCAUGAAGGCUCGGUACCUUCGCUUCGUCCCCCUGGACUGGAACCCCAGUGGCUGGAUCGGCCUCAGAGUGGAAGUGUACGGCUGUUCUUACAAGUCCUACGUGGCCGACUUUGACGGCAGAAGCUCUUUGCUGUAUCGAUUCAACCAGAAGUCCACGUCAACCAUGAAAGAUGUCAUCUCGCUGCUGUUUAAAAGUCAGCGAGCCGACGGCGUCUUGCUGCACGGGGAGGGCCAGAGAGGAGACUACAUCACUCUGGAGCUUCACCGAGGGAAACUGGACCUCUACCUCAACUUAGACGACAGCCGACCGAGGUCGAGCAGCUUGUCCCGCGCGGCCGUCACCGUGGGCAGCCUCCUGGACGACCAGCACUGGCACGCCGUGCACGUGGAGCGCAUCAACAAGCACGUCAACCUGACGCUGGACUCCCACACGCAUCACUUCCAAACGCAAGGGGAGGCCCACUCGCUGGAGGUGGACUACGAGCUGAGCUUCGGUGGAAUCCCGCUUCCCGGAAAGCCCGGCACGUUCCUCAGGAAGAACUUCCACGGAUGCAUGGAGAACCUGUACUACAACGGAAUCAACAUCAUAGACCUGGCCAAACGCCGCAAGCCGCAGAUACACAGCGUGGGCAACGUGACCUUCUCCUGCUCGCAGCCCCAGAUGGCGGCUUGCAGCUUCCUGAGCGCCAACAGCAGCUUCCUGACACUCCCGGCGGCGGCGGUGGCGGGGGCGGCGGCGGCGGACCCCGGGGGCUUCUCCGCCCGCUUCCAGUUCCGGACGUGGAACCCGAAGGGGCUGCUGCUGUCUGUGCCGCUCGGGCCCGGCCCCGCCCCCCAGAGAGCGCAGCUCCACAUCCAAAAGCGGCGCCUCCAGCUGACCCUGCACGCCUCCGGGCGAAAAUCGGAGGUCUCGCCAGAUUACACCGUCAGUGAUGGAUUGUGGCAUUCCGUCAGUCUGGAGGCCAGGAAUUUCCUCAUCAGUCUGACGGUGGACGGCGAGCCGUCAUCCCAGAUCGAAGUGGCGGCGGCACCGCUUCAAUCCGGCGGCGCUUUUCACUUUGGAGGAUGUCCCACCGCCGAUUGCCAGUCCGCGUCUCCGGCAUUCCAAGGAUGCAUGCGGCACAUCUCCAUUGGCGGGCAGCCGGUCAACCUCAGCCACGUGCAGCAAGGCAUGCUGGGAAGCUUUCACCAUCUUCACUUUGACACCUGCGCCAUCACGGACAGGUGUGUUCCUAACCAAUGUGAGCACGGGGGCCUCUGCUCACAGAUGUGGACUUCCUUCUCCUGCGACUGUUCCGGAACGGGAUACUCCGGAGCGACUUGUCACGACUCCACCUACGAGUCGUCCUGCGAGGCCUACAAGCUGAUCGGCGGCUCUUCGGGCUUCUAUUCCGUCGACGCGGACGGGAGCGGGCCCCUGGGGGCCGUGCAGGUGUACUGCAACAUGACAGAGGAGAAAGUUUGGACGGUGUUGGCCCACAACAGCACCGCCCCGGUUCGAGUCCAGGCCUCGGCGCUGAGGGCGCCUCACGCCACGGCGCUCCACUACGGCGCCUCCGCAGAACAGCUGCAGGCCAUCGUGUCCAGGUCGGAGCACUGCCAACAGGAAGUGGUUUACAACUGCAAGAGGUCCCGCCUCUUCAACGCUAAAGACGGCAGUCCGCUGUCCUGGUGGUUGGACCGUCACGGGGAGAAGCGCAGCUACUGGGGAGGUUUCCUGCCAGGAAUCCAGCAGUGCUCCUGCAGCCUGGCAGAGAACUGUGCCGACAUGAACUACUUCUGCAACUGUGACGCCGACGCCGACUCGUGGUCCAACGACACGGGCGUCCUCUCCUUCAAGGACCACCUGCCAGUCAGCCAGGUCGUCAUCGGGGAUGUCGGGAGGGCCGGGUCGCAGGCCGUCUACCACGUGGGGCCUCUGCGUUGCUAUGGAGACAGGUCCAUGUGGAACGCCGCCACGUUCUACCAGGAGUCGUCCUACCUCUACUUCCCCACCUCGCCCGGCGAGCCCGCCUCCGACGUCUCCUUCUACUUCAAGACCAGCGCUCCUUCUGGGGUGUUUGUGGAGAGCCUGGGCCUCAAGGACUUCCUCCGAGUGGAGCUGAGCUCUCCCUCCACCGUGUCCUUUUCCUUCGACGUGGGAAGCGGCGCGGCGCUGCUGUCGGUCAAGUCCCACGUUCCGCUCAACGACAGGCAGUGGCACCACGUGAGGGCGGACCACAACGUCAAGGAGGCCUCGCUGCAGGUGGACCAGCUCCCCGCUCGCUUCCUGGCCGCCGCCCCCGCCGACCAGCAGCUGCCCUUAAAGCUGAGCAGCCAACUCUUUGUGGGCGGGACCACGUCGCUGCAGAGGGGCUUCUUGGGCUGCGUCAGGAGCCUGCUGGUCAACGGGCGGGGCUUGGACCUGGAGGAGCGCGCCAAGAUGACUCCGGGCGUGAGCGCCGGCUGCCCCGGCUACUGCAGCGGCUCCAGCAGCCUUUGCCACAACAGGGGGCGGUGCAUCGAGAAGAGCAACGGCUACGCGUGCGACUGCUCGCUGUCGGCCUACGCGGGGACCUCCUGUAACCAAGAAGUGUCGGUGUCCUUCGACAAGGAGUCCUCGCUGACCUACACGCUUCAGGAGCCCUUCUCCGUCAUGCUGAACAAAAGCUGGCGGGCGGAGAGCGGCCGCGCCCGCGAGGACGUCUCCUUCAGCUUCAUCACCUCGCAGUGUCCCGCCAUGCUGCUGUCCGUCAGCACCCUCAGCCGCCAGUACGUCGCCGUCAUCCUGGCCAGGAAUGGGAGCCUCCAGAUCUGGUACCGCCUGCAGACGGACAGGAAGCCGGACGUCUUCCGCCCGACCUCCGCCAACCUGGCAGACGGGCGUCUCCAUCGUGUGAGAAUCCACCGAGUGGAGGACCAGCUCUACGUCCAGCUGGACCAGGAUAUCCACAGGAAGUACACCCUGUCCUCGGACGGAGACCCGGUCUUGAUGAGAACGUUGACGCUGGGCAGAGUCCUCGGAUGGGAGGCUUUCAGCGAGGAGGCCAUGGAGGCGGCGUCCAGAGGUUUCGUAGGCUGCCUCUCGUUGGUCCAGUUCAACAAUGUGGCUCUGCUCAAGGCGGCGCUGACCAACCCCGGAAGCUCCUUGGUCAGCGUGCACGGCCCCCUCGUCCAAUCCAACUGCGGCGCUCUGGCUGACUCCUCCUCCCGAUCUUUGCAAGAUCAAACGGUGACGGCAAAUAACGGGAAGGAGCAGCGUGACACGCGGAACGAUGUGGCCGUCAUAGCAGGAGUGGUCGCGGCGGCCGUCUUCAUCGGGGCGUGCGCUCUGGCCGCCACCGCCCGCCUCCUCUACCAGCGGCGACAAGCGAGGACGAGCGAGGUCAAGCGGGAGGGCGUGGCGUCGGCCGGGGGCGCCGGCGGCGUGUACAUGGACUACAGGACUGACAGGCGCCCCCACGCCUCCGUCAGGGACAACAUGAAGGAGUACUACAUCUGAUCCAGCGAGAUUCCACACAAAGGACGGACGGACGGACGCCUCAUUGACCCCAACAAGCCAGACAGGAAGUGGAAGUGGCCCCUGUCUUUGCCAACAUGUACAAAGUGGAAGAUGAACGUCUCGGCCCGGAGCGCCGUGGCGAGAAGCCGCAUUUCAAGGUGACGCUACCUGCGGGGGGAGCGCCCCGUGCGCACGUGGUGGCCCUCGGAGAAGGAAGAAGGUCAAGGCUAAGCUAACGUUUUUGGCUCGGACAUCAAACUGUGGAGCGCCACUUAAAUCCUGGACGGAACGGCUCUUUUGUUGACCUUGUGGGCGGAGCUCUACCCCCUUGGUGCUGGGGGGCGUGUCGUUCCUUUGAUGACGUGCUCCUUCUUCUCCUCGUCUUACUAUUAUUAUUUUUCCAAAAGAUGAUGUAUCCUAAGAGUAUCAUGAGGACUUAAUAAAAGGAUUCUAAUAUGUGAAGGAAGUUGUACUGUGUGGACUAGGUACUAUUCAGGGUCUCAGCCUAGACCGGAGCGUCUGACCAAGACCCAGAAAAGGACCAAACAUCAGCAAUGAAACACCUUUGUCUUGUCCUGAACCACCCCU